CGCACUUUGAGGAAAUAUAGUCCCUCCCGUUUCGAAGUCUCCUCGGUCCCCCAUUGGAGGGGCGGCGGAGCUGCGCGAGGCGAUUAAUCGGGUCCUGGGCGGAGCAGGGGGCCGCCGAGGGGCCCAUGGGGAUUGUGGGCUGGGGGGGACGGCCGGGGGGGGUAGCCUCCCCCCCAGUUUGGCGGAAAGUGAGUGAUUUGUCCGUGUCCCUCAGCAAAGAGGCAAAGAACUUGCUUUGCAGCCUGACUAGUUGUUUCUUUCGAUUGUUGUUACCGCUUUUUGAAAGGGGGGAGGAGUGUUGAAGCCCCUCGUUUUUGCUUUUUUUCUAGGGGUCGCUGCUUCGACUCGCCAGGCUUUCCUGCCGUGGCUCUUCCUUGCAAAGUGGGGCGGGUGAGGGGAGAGGAAAAAGCCACCAAACUUCACUGGGAUUCGAAAGUGGGCGAAAAGUGCCUCGCAAGUUGGAAGGAUGGAGCUGCGCCGCUUGCCAGAGGCGUUAAAAGUGGAAAUCCAAUGUCACCAGAACGGUGAUCUUAAGAAACAAAUCCAUGAGAGGCAAUCGAGAAUAGCUGCUCUUAAUGAAAAACAAGCUUUGGGAACCAUUGCAGCCGUGCCGAUUACAGUUCCUCAGGUGAGCUCCUUGCAGAGGUUGGCAGGACAAAGACCAGCAGUGCUACCUCAGGUUAGGCCAAAGACCCUGAUUCCAGACAGCCUCCCUAUAUCUCCAUGCAGAGACCAACCUUCCAAACAACCUUCUGCGUUCCAAAAGGCAACUGUCGUCAGCAUCAAAAACCCCACGCCUGCCCUUCCCACUGCCAAUAAUACUGUUAGCCAUGUACAGACACCCAACAGCCAAUCACAAAUUGUCGCUGAGUCUACAACAACUGUGCCAGCGCCCCUGAGCACCACAGGUGUGGCCUAUGCCAUCAUCUCCACACCCUCCAACAAUGCAGCUCCUAUCAACACCAGUGCCACUGUUUCCGUGGUUAAUGACGGCAUUAAAGUGCAGCCGCUCCUCAUCAGUGCUGACAGCAAGGUCAUCAUCAUUCAGCCUCAAGUUCAAACCCAAACAGAGAAUAAAGUGGAGACAAAGAAAGCUCCCAAAGAGUCACCUCAGGGACCCCCUGCUACCAAAAAGAAAAAAGAGGAAAGCCCAGAGAAAAUUGCCUUUAUGGUAGCAUUAGGCCUGGUUACGACAGAAUACUUGGAAGAAAUCCAAAGCAAGCGUCAGGAGAGGAAAAGGAGAAGCACAGCCAACCCAGCCUACAGUGGGCUUUUGGAAACGGAGAGGAAACGCCUUGCAUCAAAUUAUUUGAACAAUCCGUUGUUUCUGUCCACAAGAGCCAAUGAGGAUUCAUCUUGGCAGAAUGAGGUCAGCCAUGAUGAAUAUUGUUCAGCAUGUAAGCGUGGUGCCAAUUUGCAAUCCUGUGGAACAUGCCCCAGAGCCUAUCACCUCAACUGCUUGGACCCUCCCUUGAAGACUGUCCCCAAAGGGGUUUGGGUCUGUCCUAAGUGCCAAGAAAAGGUGUUAAAGAAAGAUGGAAAUGUGCCAUGGGCUGGAACUCUGGCGAUUGUUCAGUCCUACGUCACUCAUAAAACAGUCAAAGAAGAAGAGAAGAGGAAGUUAUUAAAGAGAAGCAGUGGGCUGAGGGAAGAACACAGGAAGCUAGAGGGAAAAGAACACUUUCUCAAUAAUGCAAUGAAGAAGUGCUUAGAGCGAAAAAGCAGCCUAUUGGCCCAGCAGAAAGGGGUUCAAUCAUCGCUGGAGCGCCUCAAAACUCUCAUUAGACUGAUACAGAAUGAGCAGAUGAUUCAGGUUACCAUGACAACCACCACCACCUCCUCCCUGCUAACCGUCCCCUGGAUCAAACCGUCUUCUGCCUCAGCUGCUGCUGCCGUACACAAAGCCUUGCAGCCGACACAGGGGAACAACUGACAGGGGGCUGCCUGAAAACCUGGUUUUUCUUUUUUGAAAGAAAACAAAAGGUGAACUUUAGAUGAACGCAAACACAAUAGAUGUGGAAAUACUGCAACUGCGUGGAGAAUGGGACUUGAGGGGAGGUGGGGGAAUGGAAAGACUUUGUUGUCCAUUUUUAUUACAGCAGGAUGUUGGGGAAACCACCCAGUUGACUUAGUUGGUGUCAUGGCAACUUUCUACAAAGCAGAUCUUGCUGCAGUUUUCUAUUGCUGAGAUGUUCAGUACUUAGGAUAUUCUUUUUUUCCCUUUUGUUGCAUUGGCCUUAAAGUAUUUCAUGGAUAAGGAAAAUGAAGCAGCAUAUGUUGGCCAAUGAGGGGAGUGUGGUGGUGGAAUGGAAUGGAGCAUCCUUGGGGAGGGAAGAUGGACUUUAGAAAGAUCUCAUUUUGAAGGGAAAAUAGUUUUAAAAGCAAAGAGAUAGUUAGCUAGUAUGCAGGUAGUUGGUAGGGGGUGCAGGAAUGGUUAAUUGGUGACAGUGAAAAAUGGAAUAGCUUGGAAAUCAACAUGGAUUCCUGAUUUUUUUUAAAAUGGUCUGCCACAUUGAUUCAGGUUGAACUGGACGUGGGGCUAUUUGAGAAGAAUUGCAUUGAGAAGAAUUGCUCACAGAGCCUUCAAAAUCAAAUCAUUUUUUCAGUAUUAUAGUUGAGAAUUACAGAUAUUUAAAUAAAAAUGUAUGAAAUUAGCAUUUCUAGUGAAAUAUUGAAGUAUUUUCAUGCUGAUGCUUCUUGUAUAUGCGUUCCGAAGUAUUUAAAGAGGUAUGCCUGUAAAACCCCUUAAUUUUUGCAGGACCUUUCAACUUAUUUUGCUAUUGAUGUAUUUUUCUCAUGGAGUUUUUUGUGCAAGGUUUAGCAUAAACCAUAAUAGUGACAAAUAUCUUCAGCAGGUUGGAUCUUUAUUAUUAUUUGAGCGGGGACGGGGUCAGAUAUUUUUUU